UGUAUUCAUAGUUCGGGCUUAAGUGUAAGUGCACCUUAAGUAUAAGCUUAAGGCUGCAUUUAGAUUCAUAUACGACUUUCUUAAUAUAUACUUCAAAUUGAUCUUAGCUUAGACAUGUGGCUGGGAUAAAUAUUCAUAAUUUUAACUUGAGACAAGCUUGAGCAUUAGAUAUUUCUGAUGUAUUCAUAUUCAAUAUGGAGGGUAGAGGUAAGGAGAGUCAUCUCAUAAUGGGAGAAAAGUUCGAAAAGUUGAAAAAGUGUCCAGUUGUAUGCGCUAAAUAACAGUUCAAAAAUCCUCCACAAUCGCGCUGGUGGAUGCACAGGGUAUGGUAUGAAUGUAGCAAUUGUAGAUGAAUUGAAGUAUGCCGAGUUAAAAAAUUUAAUGUCAUUAUCGACUAAAGUAGUUAAUUAUUGAGAAUUUCAACAACUUAAGUUGUACAAAAUAUUGUGGUAAAUAUAACCUUACAGAAUUAUUAUAACCAAACGUGCGUUUAGAGUGAUUUUAUUUCGUAAACUGUAAAUAGUACGGUUAUUGAUAUAUAAACAUUUAAUUUUAUGAAAAAGUGAGUGAAUAACAGAACAGUUAUGGGUAAAAUUUGUGUUGUGAAAAGUUGUCCAAGUGGACGUAAAUCCCAAAACAAAAAAAAUAGUUCACCUCAGCCUCUUUCGUAUUUCCAACCAACAACACCGGCAAGAUUACAAAAUUGGAAAAUUUCGCUGGGUAUUGAAUUAAAAGCUACUGAUUACAUCUGUCAUCUACAUUUUAAAGAGGAACAAAUAAAAAUGUACGAGAAACUGUACAUUAAAGGAGAGCUCAUAAUUAUGCCUUUAGGAAAAAAAAUACUGAAAGAAGAAGCUUUACCAACGAUCCAGCAUCAGUUUAUUCCGGUAUUUGAACAUGAGUUUCUAACAAGUACUGUAGAUGAACUCAAAAUGCUAAGCUUACAUUCGAAUAACUAUGAAGACGAAGAGCUAUUUCUAGUGCAAGAAAAUAACAUCGAGCCCCAGACAAUAUUAGUAGAUGAUGUUCCUAAUAAUUUAAUAGAUGAUGGUAUUCAAACGGAGCAAGACUUGAUAGAACCACCUUUCAGUCAACACGCCUGUAAGGAUUCGAAGAAUCUACAAGAAAUCGAAGCUCCAAAAUUGCCACCGUUUUGGUUGUAUAUACCCGAGCCCAAUGGAUUUGUAUUUAUGCGAAUGGAUCCAACAACUCAGCAGAUCAAAAUUCGGUUACGCUUAAACAAGGAUACAUCUAUUACUGUUCUUUUUCCUAACAAUGACGAACUGCCUCUAAACGAAAAAAUUAAUUCAUUAAGUUGUAUCUAUGACUACUUGAAAUCAGUGGAAAGAUGGCCUUUAUGUGUUGGUACUCAAAUUGACAGUAUAAAGUAUUCAAAACUUUGUAAAAAUGUGAUUGUUGGUGAUGACACUUAUAAAAGGAACCAAGCUAAUCCAAGAUGUAAACCUUGUCGAAUAUUACGGAAUCGAUUGCAGAGUCGAAAUUCGACUUCAAUUAAUUUGGAAACAACAAUUGCUAAAAAAAGACGUGCUUCAAAUCUAGUUAGACAAUGCAAACGUUUAAAAAAAAUGGCAAACCUCCCAAUUUAUACAAUUUCAAUGGCUACACAGUGCAUCACAAAUUGAUUAUCAUUAGGAAAUAUUUUCUACUGGAUAAUAUUAAUAUAUGUAUUUGCGAGAGUAUGCAAAUAUAAUAUUACUUGAUAAUCUAUCAAGAAGUUUCGUAAUAUGAACAUAAGUCAAAAAUAUUGAGUAGUUAUUGACAAUAUACUCAUGUUUGUCGUAAAAUAUUAUAUUUUUCUACAGGAUAGUACCAAUACAUAAAGCAGGAGAUGAGGAGGAGGUGGGCAAUUAUAGAGGAAUAUCGCUGUUGGAUAUUGGGUACAAGAUACUGACAGCAAUGAUGGCGGAGCGGAUAAUGAGUUGGGCGGACAAAGAGGAAAAAAUAAAGGAAAGCCAAGCUGGAUUCAGGAGGAAAAGAGGAGCAAGGGACCAUAUAUUUGUGCUAAAUGCCUUGAUAAAUAAGAAGAUAAAAGAAAAGAAGAAAUUAUACGUAUGCUUCAUAGAUCUAGAAAAGGCAUUUGAUACUGUGGAUAGGGAUAUCCUACUGAGGAAAUUAUGGAAAAUAGGGAUAAGGGGGAGGAUGUACAGAAUGAUAGAGGUAAUAUAUGAAAACACGAUAAACGAGGUACUGAUAAACGGAGUAAAAUCGAAAGGAUUUGGAGCAGAUUAAGGAGUGAGGCAAGGGUGCGCACUAAGUGCGGUACUUUUUAAUAUAUUUAUAGACGAUAUGGAGGAUGAAAUAGUAAAGAAAAAAAUAGGAGGGACGGUAAUCGGGAAAGAAAAAAUAUAUAUGGCAAAGUAUGCAGACGAUGGAGCAGCGGUAUCGGAUACACCGGAAGGAUUAAGGGAAAUGAUAAAAGAGUUGGAAAAAUAUGCGGACAAAAAUAAACUGAAAAUAAAUGCAAAGAAGACAAAGAUAGUGAUUUUCAAGAACGGAGGGAGGAAUGAAAAAGAAAAAUGGGAGUAUAAAGGAGAAAAAUUAGAAGUGGUAAAAAGCUUCAAGUAUCUGGGGUAUACAUUCACAACCAGAAAUAGCCAGGAAAUGCAUUUGAAUAAUAUGAAGGAUAAAGCGAAUAGAAUGGUGAAUGCAACGUGGGGGCUAAUAAGAAGAACGAAAAGAAACAAUAUAAAGGACAGGAUGUAUUUAUACAACACGCUGGUGAGAUCAGGGUGCAUGUACGGAGUAGAGGUAUGGGGAAGUGGAGAGGUAAAGAAGAUAGAAGUGUUGCAAAAUAAAAUCAACAGAAUGGCGCUAGGAGUGGCAAGGAACACACCAGGAGGCAUAUUGAGAAGAGAAGCAGGAAGUGAAGUGAUAGAAGUAAUAGCAAAGGAAAGGGUAUGGAGAUACAUUAUAGAAAUAGCAGGAAUGGAGGAUACAAGGUGGCCAAAAAUAUGCCUAAGGGAAGAGAUCAGAGGGAUAUUAAAUGGGAACCCAACAAAAUGGGGAAAAAAGAUAGAAGAAAGUGCAAAGAAGAUGAAUUGUGAGAGUGUACUAGAAAAAAUAUACAAAGGAAAAAAAAUAGAAGAAAUAAGCGAAGAAAUAAGAGCAGGAAUAGAAUGCUUAGCGAGAAAAAUGUCAGACAAGGAAGAGGAAAGGAUUAGAGCAUCAAAUUAUAGCGAAAUAUACAAGAGAACGGUAGAAGAAAGAGCCGAUGUAAAAUACUGGGAAAAUAAAAAAAUAGGAAGAGAAAAUAAGGAAAUAUGGGCAAGAGUAAGGUGUGGAAACCUGACUAAAGCUGGAAAGAAAGGGGAAAGAAAUUGGAUGUGUAGAAAAUGCAAGGAAAAAGAAGAAACGCUAGUGCAUGUACUAACAUGUGCAAAAAUAAGAGAAAAGAUAAGUGAAGAAUGUAAAGUGGAAAUGGAGAGGUGGUGGGAUGAAACUGAGAAGGAGGAACAGAUAUGGGAAAGAAUUGUAGGGAUAUUCAAGGGAAAAAUAGAGGCAAGGAUAUGUAAGGUAGUGAGGGAAAUAGAAAAUGUUUUAAAAGAAAGUGAAAGAGAGAUGGGAUAAUGUAAUAGAAAAAGGAUAAGAAGGAGUGGAAAGAAAUGAAUGGAAAUGAAAGAAUGAGUGAGGAAGUAUGGAAAGUAUGAAAUAAAGGAAUGCACUGUACAAUAAAGGUAUCAGAUAAAGGUAUUUUAUUAUA